CCGCGCCAGCGCCGCCUGGAAGAGCUCCAGCACCUCGGCGUGCGCCAGCUCCUCCUCGGGCUCCGCCGCCAUCGCCGCCAUCGCCGCGCCGGAAGGGGCGGGCGGCGCGCGGGAGCCGCGAUGCUGCUCUUCUGCCCGGCCUGCGGCAACGUGCUGGUGGCCGAGGAGGGGCCGCGGUGCCACCGCUUCGCCUGCACCACCUGCCCCUACGUGCGCAACGUGACGCGCAAGGUGACGAGCAGGAAGUACCCGCAGCUGAAGGAGGUGGACGACGUGCUGGGCGGCGCGGCGGCCUGGGAGAACGUGGAUUCCACGGCGGAGCCGUGCCCCAAGUGCGAGCACCCCCGCGCCUACUUCAUGCAGAUCCAGACGCGCUCGGCCGACGAGCCCAUGACCACGUUCUACAAGUGCUGCAGCGCGCAGUGCGGGCACCGCUGGAGGGACUGAGCGGCCGCCCGCGCCGCGCCGCGCCGCGCCCGCGCCCGCGCCGCGCCCAAUAAAGGCCUCGCGCCUGGCACCGGC